GAGCUGCCACUCCCAAACCCUUCGUUUCCGCUUUUCUUAGCUUUCCGUUGUCGCUCCUAUCUCCUGCUUCGCUCGCGUUUUCGAAUUAUUCCUCGAAUUCUUCUGUCGUCUCGAUCCGUGCGGCCUCAUAUCCUCUUCUAGGGUUCCUACCUCUCUCGCCCGUCUUUGCUCUCCUCCACGGCGAGCAGGAGCACAGAAAGUGAGAUCGGUGGCGCAGCGAGCGGCCAGUCCGCGGAAGACUUGCGAGAGAAGAAGGGAAAUCGCUUUCUUCGUGUUGCUAUCAUGUAGAAGUUUGAUAAUUGAGUGGGAAUUGAAGGGAUUCGCGAGGAGUUUGAUCCGCGAAUCCCUUGAGAAUCUCCAUUAGCGUUUGCUUCGUUAUCGUGCUCCAAGUGGCUCCGCCCGACCUAACUGAGUAAGAAGAAUCCAAUUAACAUCAGGAGUGGUAUAUCUGCUAUAAAACCUGGUUCUCUCAUUUACCAAGAAGCCAAGAGACACAUUGCUGAGAUGCUAGAUACUGGAGAUCAAAGAGCUAGCUUGCCAACAACAGCCCAUGUCUCAGAAUCUUUGGGUAGUCUGCUUUCUACUCCAGAGUACAAUGCAUUAUCUCCAAAAGUGAGUCAUGGAAGUGACAAGGAGCUUGUGUUGCCAUACGAAGAGACAGGAUCACUCCCUAUGCAACAGUUCAAUCAAGAUGAUGCAACCAGUUCCUUAAGCUUGUCGAAACAAAGCUUUCAGGUCUCACCUCACUUUGGCAAUCAAACUGAUGUACCGAUGCUUCACUUGAAAGCUGAGAUCAUUGAAAACCAGGAGCAGCAGGGAUUGUGUAUUGGAUCAGAACUUAACCAUGAAGCAAGUGUACAAAAUGUGGAUGCAGUCAGAAUAAGCAAGCCUCCAGUGUGAUGUGUCUUUGGAGCCAAAGAGCAAUGACAAAGAUUUAGUAAGCGAUAUGUCACUUGUUUCUUUCUGUAUGAGAAGUUUCUUCUUCCUCAGAUAUGAUG